AUGCCUUUCAUCACCAGCAAAGUCGACGGCGCUCGACUAUUCUACAGGGACUACAGCCCUUCGAAGAAAGGACCUGCGUUCAAGCCAGCGGAAGAUCGCGAUGCAUCUGGAAAGCCGACUCUUGUAUUCGCGGCGGCGUGGCCGUUCUCAUCGAAGAUGUAUGACCACAUAAUGCUGCCCCUUUGCGAGUCUCAUGGCUUCCGCUGCCUCGCCAUUGACCGGCGAGGCUACGGAGGAAGCCACUGGGCUGGCCCUUCCAAGCCCGACCAAGAUAUCGACUACGAUACCUUUGCUGACGAUCUUGCCCAUGUGCUGGAUGUCACGGGUGUCUCGAAAGAAGACGGAUUUGUUGGCAUUGGGGCUAGCCUUGGCUGUGGCGAGUUUCUCCUUGCUUUGCAUAGGCACCCUGAAGUUCAAUCUGGAUGUCGAGGCCUCGUUUUCCUCGGAAAUUCACUACCUAUCCCUUUGCAGACGUCUCGAAAGUCGACUGGACCGCCUCGAUCUUUCUGGGACUCAUUGCUGGAGCGCCUCCGGAACGAUCGGUAUGAGGCCCUGGCGAAUUCAUUGCCCUACAUCUUCGGCGAAGAAGGAUCAAAGAUGCUUAGCUCCUUUGAGGUUCGGCGAUACGAGGACAUUGCGAUGAGCGCGGAUCCGUUUGCCCUCGAGCGCACAGUUCAGAUCUUCUUGGACAGGGAUUUCACGGAUCUCACUGAAGAAAGACGAUUCAAGUUCCCACUUCUUAUCUUGCACGGCGAUGCUGAUGCUGCAAACCCGGUCGAGAGUGGACCUGGCUUCAUUCGGGCAAAUUGGCCCAAUGCCAAGGUCAAUGUCUACGAAGGAGCUGCUCAUGGUGAGUUGCGUCUACUGUUUCAACGGUUCAAUGGUAACAAUCAUUCAGCUAUCGCUGCGACACAUAAAGAAAGGUGCUUGGAGGAUGUGAUCACGUUUCUGAAUUCAUGCUAG